GGAGACUGUGGAGGGUUUCAGAAAGAACCUUCGAAGGUAGCUGCUGGGCUCCGGACAGGUCCAGACUCCACAGACCCUGAGACACACAGCUCUGCUCUGACUCGCUGCAGUUCCGUCUGUCGCCGUUCGGUGUCGCAGUGGAGCAGUACAAUUAGCCACGUGACUCCUCUACGAUACAAACUGCUUCCGGCACCGCGGCUCUCAGAAGGAAAAUGGCGGCUCUCGGACGAAUCUCUCAGACGCUGCUGAGGUCUUCUUUGACCCAGACCCGGCGUCAGAUGUCUGCUGCUGCUGCGGGACACGGCGAGCAAGCUAAAACAUGGAAGAUCCUCACGUUUGUGGUUGCCCUGCCUGGUGUUGCAGUCUGCAUGCUGAACAUGUACCUGAAAGAGCAGAAUCACAGCCAUGAGCAGCCAGAGUUUGUCCCCUACUCCCACCUACGCAUUCGCAGCAAGCGUUUCCCCUGGGGAGAUGGCAACAAAAGCCUGUUCCACAACCCACAUGUGAAUGCCCUUCCUGAUGGCUACGAGGAACAUUAGUAAACCUACCAGACCUCAUAACUGGCACGAGGACCAGUCCUCCCUCAGUCUUUGUUACAGGACCACACUCCCAUUUACAGUUUACCCUCUUCAGUUUUAUUGCGUUUACCCCUGUGCUCUCAAUAUGGGGCACCCGAACCAAUAGUUUCUUUUCUCUGGACCACUAUACAAAAUGUCAGCUUAAACUUAACAUAAAUAAAGUAACUAUUAUUACCUCAA